GCCUCCAAGCCCCGCCCCCUGGGCGCAGCUCUCGCGAGACCCGGGGCGCCGGCGGCGCGAGAUGUGCGGUGGCUGUGUGGGCACCGAGUACCCGGAGCGGGGCACCACCUGCCUGGAGGGCGGCUCCUUCCUCCUGAACUUCGUGGGCUGCGCGCAGUGCGGCCGCCGGGACUUCGUGCUGGUCGCGAACCGGGCCGCGGGCCUGCACGGCGGGGAGGAGAUCGUCACCUAUGACCACCUGUGCAAGAACUGCCACCACCUGAUCGCACGCCACGAGUACACCUUCAGCGUGGUGGACGACUACCAGGAGUACACCAUGCUGUGCCUGCUCUGCGGCCGUGCCGAGGAUUCCAUCAGCAUCCUGCCCGAUGACCCUCGCCAGAUGACCCCGCUCUUCUGAACCGACUUCCAGCCUGGAUGCAAGGAAUGCCCGAUACUGGAUGCUCCCGUGUUUCUGGAAGCCCUGUGGCUCUGACCCCGGCUGCAAGGAUGGGGUGCAGCACCACGGCCCGAGCCCCCCAUGUGCUGAAGACAUAAAGGGGACCCCAAAACAGGGUCUCUGUCACCCUAAAACAGGAUCCAGAGGGAUUCCCACCCCAUCCCUGCCUCAGGAGGCCUCUUGUGUGGGGCAAUAAAUGUGACACGUGACAGCUCA